GCACCCCGACCCCAUGUACCUUCUGAUCAUGCGUUACCAAAAACAGUUAGGCUACUCACGCUGCUGAGCUGUCGUCCCGCACUAUGAGCAGGAAGCUGUGCAGCGCAUGCAGACCAGAGCUCUGGAGAGAAACAUGAGGAGGUUGAACCAAUGAGAGGCCUUUUUUGGUCUGGGCAGGACUUUUGGUAACCGAAGGCUCUAUUUUUAACCUUCCUCUUUUUAAUUUCCUCGCUGAUCACCUUGAGCAGAGCAAGGCAGUGUCUCUUCAUAAGCGGCAGACAAAAGUAUUUGUUCAAGUCAUUUCUUCAAACUCACUCUCCUCUUCCUGUGGCAGACCAGCAUGGCCAAAUAGGUACAUAAGGCCAGGGUCACAAUCCAGCUAACGCACUCUUUCCUUUAUAAACUCUGGUAUCAACUAUUUAUUCUGCAUGUUUGUGUUACAUGUAUAGUGAUUUUAAGAAGUGUACCUUCCCUCUUCUGGCUGGAACAGCAGGGAGAUAACCACUUCCUGAUGUUAUAUUUGCUGAAUGUGCCUGGUUCUUACCCUCGACUCCAGAAUCACUGAUAAAGUAUAUUCACGGAGCAGUGGUGCCAAGACAUCAACACUGGACUGCCUAAUCUGCAGGUGCCUAUACGUCUGUUGUCCUAUCACUGGACUGCCUUUUACCCAGGGCACUGGCCCAAACUGUCCAGUCAUGCUCUUCAAAAGGAAGUUGUGCCUGUUUGCUCUGUUUGGUGGGAUUCUCUUUGUCAUGAUCGCCACCCAUACCAUUCAGAAGAACAACAUCCUGUCUAUGACUUUGAUGGAGACCCAUGCCACCUCCAUGACUGUGCAAGGGCCCGCUGUUAACCGAACAUGGGCUCUACCGAGUGCCGCGGUGCCCAGCCCGGACAGGAUAUGUGGGUGUCCGUCCUGCAUAGCGGACAUGGAGGUCUCGGAGUGGUUCGCUCAGCACUAUGAACCCCAGCAGCAGCCCUUUCUCACAGACGGAGACAACAACAUGGACCCCCUGGCACUGCAGUGGUGGCUGGCUUUGCAGCGGUCCACCGAUGAGCGGACGAUAUAUGAGGUGAUCCAGAAGAUGUUCCAGGUCAUCGCUCCCCCUGCCAUGGAUGUCCAACCCAAACAAGCUCAGUGCAGGAAGUGUGCAGUAGUGGGGAACUCAGGAAACCUGCUGGGCUCUCAAUACGGCUCCUUGAUAGACUCUCAUAACAGUGUCAUAAGGAUGAAUAAAGCCACCACAGCAGGGUUUGAGGCCGACGUGGGCAACAGAACGACGCACCACUUCAUGUACCCGGAGAGUGCAGUGGACAUCGCCCCUGGGGUCCACCUCGUCCUGCUGCCCUUUAAACUCCGCGAUCUACAGUGGGUGGCCAGCGCCCUUUCGACGGGAGAGAUCAAAACGACAUACAUGAGGGUGAAAGGUCGAGUACAGGCUGACAAGGACAAGGUUAUAGUGGUGAAUCCAGCAUUCUUUAAGUACACCCACGACCGGUGGACAGAGCGCCAUGGCAGAUACCCAUCCACGGGCAUGCUGGCCGUUAUAUUUGCCCUUCACAUCUGCGAUGAGGUGUCUGUGUUUGGCUAUGGAGCUGACCAACAGGGGAACUGGCACCACUACUGGGAGGACAACAAGUACGCCGGCGCGUUUAGGAAAACUGGGGUGCACAAUGCCGAUUUUGAGACAGAGGUUAUCCAAAAGCUGGACACGGAGGGCAAAAUUAAACUGCACAAGAGAUGAGUAUGAGCAGGGGCGGUGUGUACAGGACGAAGCCAUUAGUAUUGGGUGUUGUGGUCAGAGACCGUCAAAGAGGGACAUAAAACCUGUGAUGCGCCCUGGUCUCUGAAACUAGCACUGUGAGAUAGACAUACAACCAAAACCACAAGCUGAAGAACUUGAAUCAUGUCAUUUGAGCAUGCACUGCAUGUCAACAGCAUAAUAAAUGGCUUUUCAGCCUUUUAAACAGG